UGACCUUUCAAUUCACAGGAAGUAAACAUAGAAUAAGCUUUGACAGCCGAGAAAAUUAGAACUAAUUUUUCAACAGCAGAAAUGGACCGAUUUUCUUGGUCAAACGGGCUGUUGGAAAUAAAUGAAACGUUGGUGAUACAGCAACGAGGCGUGAGACUGUACGACGGCGAUGACAAGGCUAAACUGGACAUUGGCGCUGCCCUGUUGAGCACCCAUCGCUUGAUUUGGAGGGACAUUAAAAAUCAUGAUUGCUGCAUAGCCAUACCUCUAUCACAAAUCAUCUAUUUCGAGGAGCAGGCUGCAGGAAUAGGAAAAAGUGCAAAAAUAGUCAUACACCUGCAUCCAGCUUCUCCUAACAGGGAGCCAGGUCCUUACCAGCAGAGCAAGUACUCCUACAUCAAGCUGUCCUUUAAAGAACAUGGGCAGAUUGAGUUUUACAGGAGGCUAACAGAGGAGAUGACUCAAAAGCGAUGGGAGAAUACUCCAGUUUCCCAACCUAUCUCCACAGGGACUGGUUCUCAGGCAGGAAGAACACGUGCAGUGGGGAUUGUUGGUAUCGAGAGGAAGAUAGAGGAAAAAAGAAAAGAAACUGACAAAAAUAUUUCUGAGGCAUUUGAGGAUCUCAGUAAGCUCAUGGUCAAGGCCAAAGAGAUGGUAGAGCUGUCAAAGUCUAUAGCCAACAAGAUCAAAGAAAAACAGGGCGAUAUAACAGAAGAUGAGACAAUUCGAUUCAAGUCCUACCUACUGAGCAUGGGUAUUGCUGACCCUGUUACCAGAGAAACCCAUGGAUCAGGCACACAUUACCAUCUGCAGCUAGCUAGGCAAUUGGGAGAUAUGCUUCAGGCCCCUUUAGAGGAACGUGGAGGAAUGAUGGCCCUGACUGAGGUGUACUGUCUCGUUAACCGUGCUAGAGGAAUGGAGCUUCUAUCUCCAGAAGACUUGGUAAACGCAUGCAAGAUGUUUGAGUCAUUGAAGCUGCUACUGAGGCUGCGUGUGUUUGACAGUGGUGUAAUGGUGGUCCAGCUGCAGUCACACAGCGAAGAGGAAAUGAUAGCCUCAGCAUUGGACAAUGUUUCAGACAAAGGAUCUUUGACAGCAGAGGAGUUUGCCAAACUACUUGGUCUCUCUGUCCUUCUGUCUAAAGAGCGGCUCCUGCUGGCUGAGAAGAUGGGUCACCUGUGUAGAGAUGACUCUGUUGAGGGCUUGAGAUUCUACCCAAACCUCUUUUGAUCUAUUAUUAAUUCUUUUAUGCAUCACAUGUACACUCAUUGGCUUAUUAUUAAGUGCCCCUGUACAAUCAGAUAGAGCAUCUCAUCCACAUGUUUCUUGGAUUUUGUUGGUAUAAGAUAGUGGCCAAAUAACCUCCUAAUAUAAUUCACUCCGUUCCAUCUCUACUGACCACUAUGACCUUAAUAUUGAACAUAUAGUAUAUAAUAAAGUGGCAAAUGAGUGUGUAUGUAUGACAUAUUGCAGUGAAUUGGCUUCUGUAUAAUAAGCACAGUAAUGUGUCUAUGAAUGGCUUGUUUUCUAUUAAUGGAAGUCUGCCAGCUAUUUUCUAUAUAUGUUAGAAUCUAUCCUUAUACAGUAAAUCAAUAAAACCUUUUUUUAAAUAAAAUAA